AUAAUCAGUGCGGCGAAAUAGAGAGUUUUGUGCGAUUAUCUUUCGAACAGCAGGCGUCACAUUUCCAGGAGCAAGUUUAAUUAAGCAUAACACGCAAAGCUAGUGCUCAGCCUUACAAGUAGGAACCGGUUUUAUUAGGCUGUUGUGCACUGCUGCUUGGCGUUCUGGGAAGAGGACAGCAGUGACGAGUCCCUUGGCGCGCAAAGCCGACAGACAAUCAUGACUGCACUGUCUCGUCAUUGUCUAUACACGUCGCACCUUCACGUUGGACGCAGUCGUCGCCGUCUGCUGAUGAGGUGGCUCGACCCAGUGCCCCGUAAACCCCCGGUAUCGAAACAAGACCAGCAGUGCACGAGGUCCCCCUUCGCAGGCGCCGGCGCGCGCGCCUCGGGAGGAGCGCAUGCGCCCGCGGUCCAGCGCCGCGCCGCGGGCCCGGGCGAACGCGCGCGCCGAGCCGUGGUCGGACGCGGCAGCGUCGCGGCGCUCUCGAGCGGCGAAGCCACGCGAGGAGGCGGUGGCGGCGGCGGCGCCCAGCGUUGAGACGACGACGACGACGCGACCAGGCCGCCCAACGCGGGGCCGAUGAGCGGCGGCGGCUCGAGCCCGGGGCCCUGCUCUGGAGCCGGGCCCCCCGCGCUGCUGCUUGCACCCUCACCCGCCGCUGCGGCGAAGAAGACGGAGGCGGCGGCGGCACCUGUUGUCGCCGCUGCCGGCCACUGCCGCCGGCUGCUGCUGCUGUGCUGACGCCGCGCUCACGCGCCGCCGCGGCCGCCUGUUGCUUCACGGCGGCGGUAGCAGCUGGAGGAGGCCUCGCACGGCAGGCCCACCGCUCGCGGCGCACGACGACGCGGACCAUGCGCCCCGGCAACGGAGGGCUGACCCCGCUGCAGCUGGGCUUCUGCGCCAACCUGCUAUGGAUCGCCGUGCUGCUCACCGUGCCGCAGGACUCCGAACAAGGCGCGCACGAGCGGCGGCUUCUGCAGGACCUGCUGGCCAACUACAACACCCUAGAGCGGCCCGUGCUCAACGAGUCGGAGCCACUCAUCCUCAGUUUCGGGCUCACACUGCAGCAGAUCAUAGACGUCGACGAAAAGAAUCAACUAAUUAUUACAAAUAUCUGGUUAACAUUGGAUUGGAUAGACGUGAACCUACGCUGGAACCCAAAAGACUACGGUGGAGUGCAGGAACUGCGCAUUCCGCCGAGCAGAAUCUGGAAGCCGGAUGUGCUCAUGUACAACAGUGCGGACGAAAAGUUCGAUGGCACGUACCCGACUAACGUGGUGGUGCGGAGCAACGGCAGUUGCAACUACAUCCCUCCGGGCAUAUUCAAGAGCACGUGCAAGAUAGACAUAACGUGGUUUCCCUUCGACGAUCAGAAGUGUGACCUGAAGUUCGGCUCCUGGACUUAUCACGGCCAUCAGCUGGACCUGCGCGUCAACAGCGAGGAAGGCGGGGAUUUGUCCACCUACAUCCCCAAUGGCGAGUGGGACCUGAUAGGCGUGCCGGGAGUGCGGAACGUUCGCGAGUAUUCGUGCUGUCCGGAGCCGUACAUCGACAUCACGUACACCAUUCACAUACGGCGGCGCACGCUUUACUACGGCUUCAACCUCAUCAUUCCCUGCGUGCUCAUCUCGUCCAUGACUCUGCUCGGUUUCACGCUGCCCCCCGACACCGGCGAGAGGCUCACCCUGGGUGUAACCAUUUUGCUGUCCCUGACGGUAUUCAUGCUCCAGCUCGCCGAGACCAUGCCUCCGACGUCCGACGCCGUCUCCAUUAUAGGAACUUAUUUCGCCUGCAUCAUGAUCAUGGUCGCCUUUUCCGUGGUCAUGACUGUGGUGGUUCUGAACUAUCAUCACAGAAAUCAAGAGACGACCGAAAUGCCUGCUGUGAUUCGCACGGUGUUCCUCGUGUGGCUCCCCUGGCUUCUGCGCAUGGAGCCUCCAGGCCAGAAGGCGAACCGACGCAACAUCUUCUUGAACAGCAAGAUGAAAGAGCUCGAGCUUAAGGAGCGCUCGUCGCGGAGUUUGCUGGCCAACGUGCUGGACAUCGACGACGACUUCCGCACUGCCAACAGCGCCGCCGCCAGCGACUGCCACGCGGCUCGCACCCCUUUCCUCGGAGGUGGAGGCGCGGGCGGCGGGGCGUCCACGGUGCACGCCUGCGUCCACUCGUCGCGUGAACUGAACUUGAUCCUGCGUGAGCUGCGCUUCAUCACGAGCCGCAUGCGUAAGGACGAGCAAGAGCGGGAGGUCGUUGGCGAGUGGAAGUUCGCGGCCAUGGUCGUCGACCGCGUCUGCCUCAUCAUCUUCUCGGCGUUCACCAUCAUCUCCACCUGCGCCUGCCUCUUCUCGGCGCCUCAUCUGGUCGCCUAGCGCACCCUGCUUCUAGGACAGCACUACUACACUGCUGCUGCUACUUACCGCCGCAGCUCCCUCCGCCGGUGGCCGGUUGCACCGGUAUUCCUCUCGGCAAGUCUCUUCCUUCUGCACGAGCCCCCGGGUUUGGCGCGCAGGGGGAAGGACCUCUCGUGAAGAUAACAGCUCACAGCUUCGUCGCAGCCUUUCCAACAUAAGUUCCAUUUUAGAAAGACCUGCUAUAAGGUCCGGUCGAUGUCCCCACGCCAUCGUGUGUGAAGAGGCGCAGCGCGAGAUAUGUGUGACGCGAUGACCUCUCGUACCACACGACAUCUCCUUGUUGGGAAGAAGGACACGUCGAAGCGAAGGAGCUGUCGCUGGUUUUUGUUUCAAUCUUAGUGCCAAUUACGAGUCGCCACCGGGGUGAAAGCAUUGGAACAUCUCGGAGGAAGUGGUAGCACCGUCCGAAGCUGGUGCCUUGGAUUUCACUUCAUCCCUAGGAUAGAACACUGUGCAGGGCUGCCAAACUGCUUCGAGGGUCAAGUAGACGCACUAUCUCGCAACGGAACCACAACAAGAAGGGAUUAACGCACGAAUCUAUCCUGACAUGCUCUCUUUCCUAUAGGAACGUCAGAUUCGGGGCAGGUGUGUCUCAACAUGACACUGUAUGCCUGUCCGCCGUCAUAGAUCGGCUGGCCGGAGUAUGAAUAACCCACGCCUACCGCCCCGGCUUCCAAUAAGUUCCCCCCUUUCUUUUCGUCGGUGAAUGGUGCCGUAAGAGUAAAAAAAAAAAGUUGACAACUGCGCGUGUUUGGCUGCAUAAACUUGUGUGACCGCGUACAUGCCAAAACAGAGACUAUCGUAGGACGGUGUAUUGUUUUUACAGUGUUCGUUGGCUUGUUGUGCUGUUUGAAGAUGACGUUUUCAAAUGUCAAAGAUGGACUUCUCUAAUCAUAGA